UGUACGUAUUAGCCUAAAACUUUUCCGGCUAGAAAGCCACGUGCAUGCUUCCCAAUCGAAACCCCAUCCAUCUUGGCGCGCAAGAACCUCGAAAUUCCAAAAGCAUUUCGCAAAGCCAGGGUUUUAGAUUAGAGUCUAAAACCCCCCAAAACCCAAAUGGCGCCUUCUGCCCUAUCUCUAUGAAACCCUCAGUCUCCCUCCACCCCCCUACCAUGGCCCUAGCUUCCGGUCUCCGCUUGUCUUCCUCCAUCCUCCGCUACCGCCUCGCCGCCCCGCUCAACCCGACCCGACUUUCCGGUCUCCGCCACAACCUCUCGGAGCUCCGCUUCCUUUCAGCAUCAUCCUCCCGCCCCAGGACCCGCGUCCGCCCAAUUAAAGCGACGCUCCUUGACGAACCCCAAAAGGAGGACCCUGGCGAGGGGCAAGAUGGGAACGGGAGUGUGCUGGUCAAGGACACAGGCGAGAAUAGCGAAAGGAUUGUCCGUGUUGAGCUCCACAAGGAGGCCACUGAAGCCUACAUGGCCUACGCUAUGUCUGUCCUGCUCGGCCGCGCCCUGCCUGAUGUUCGUGAUGGUUUGAAGCCCGUGCACCGCCGGAUUUUGUAUGCAAUGCACGAAUUGGGGAUUGUGUCGCGGAAACCCUUCAAGAAAUGUGCUAGAGUUGUUGGAGAGGUUCUAGGAAAAUUCCAUCCCCAUGGAGACACUGCUGUGUACGAUUCGUUGGUGCGAAUGGCUCAGGAUUUCUCCUUACGAUUCCCACUAAUCCAAGGGCAUGGGAAUUUUGGUUCUAUUGAUGCUGAUCCUGCAGCUGCCAUGCGUUACACGGAAUGCAGAUUGGAAGCACUGACAGAAGCAAUGCUAUUGGCAGACUUAGAUCAAAAUACGGUUGAUUUUACUCCAAAUUUUGAUAAUUCACAAAAAGAGCCAUCAGUUUUACCUGCUCGACUUCCAACUUUAUUACUGAAUGGUGCUUCUGGGAUUGCGGUCGGCAUGGCAACAAACAUUCCUCCGCAUAAUCUUGGGGAAUUGGUAGAUGUUCUUAGCGUGUUAAUUCACAAUCCAGAAGCCACGUUGCAAGAAUUACUAGAAUACAUGCCAGGACCCGAUUUUCCAACUGGAGGACUGAUUAUGGGCAACCUUGGAAUCUUAGAUGCAUAUCGAACCGGAAAAGGACGUAUUGUUGUAAGAGGGAAAACUGAUGUUGAAUUGCUUGAUUCUAAAACAAAGAGAAAUGCAGUUAUCAUAAAAGAGAUCCCUUACCAAACCAACAAAGCAGCUCUUGUGGAGAAGAUAGCGGAACUUGUGGAAAAUAAGAUUUUAGAAGGCAUAAGUGAUAUUAGGGACGAAAGUGAUCGUUCUGGAAUGCGUGUAGUCAUUGAGCUCAAGCGAGGAUCCGACCCAUCAAUUGUUUUAAAUAAUCUCUAUCGCCUCACAUCUCUUCAAUGCAGUUUUAGUUGUAACAUGGUGGGUAUUCAUAAUGGGCAACCUAAGCAGAUGGGUCUAAAGGAAUUGCUGCAGGCAUUCUUAGACUUCAGAUGCUUUGUUGUUGAGAGACGUGCUAAGUUCAAACUUUCACAAGCACAGGACAGAAGACAUAUUGUUGAGGGCAUUGUUGUGGGCCUUGAUAAUUUGGAUGCAGUAAUUCGUAUACUAAGGGAAGCUUCGAGCAAUGCAAUUGCAUCAGCUGGUUUAAGGACUGAGUUCAAUCUUUCUGAGAAACAAGCUGAAGCCAUAUUAGAUAUUAGCCUAAGAAGAAUUACCCAGCUUGAGAGGAAAAAGUUUGUAAAUGAAAGUGAAUCAUUAAAGGAGCAAAUUUCAAAAUUAGAACAACUAUUGUCAAGCAAGAAAUCCAUGUUACAGUUGAUUGAACAAGAAGCAAACGAGUUAAAAAGCAAGUUUUCCAGUCCGAGGCGUUCCGUGCUAGAGGACAGUGAUGGUGGCCACGUUGAUGACAUAGAUGUUAUUCCUAAUGAAGAAAUGCUUUUGGCCUUCAGUGAAAAGGGCUAUGUUAAGCGGAUGAAACCUAACACUUUCAAUCUUCAAAAUAGAGGAACCAUUGGUAAAUCUGUUGGGAAAUUGAGGGUAAAUGAUGCAAUGUCAGACUUUAUUGUUUGUCGCGCGCACGAUCAUGUUCUAUACUUUAGUGAUAAAGGAACAGUUUACUCUGGUCGUGCAUAUAAAAUUCCUGAAUGCACUCGCACAGCUGCUGGGACGCCAUUGGUUCAGAUCUUAGCACUGUCAGAUGGUGAAAGGAUUACUUCUGUUAUUCCUGUGAGUGAAUUUGCUGGAGAUCAGUUUCUACUUAUGCUUACAGUGAAUGGAUACAUCAAGAAGGUCUCUUUGAGUUCUUUUUCGUCAAUCAGGUCAACAGGAAUCAUAGCAAUCCAAUUGGUUCCUGGUGAUGAACUAAAAUGGGUUCGUUGCUGCACAAACGAUGACCUUGUAGCGAUGGCCUCUCAGAAUGGAAUGGUCAUCUUAAGUUCCUCUGGUAUAAUUCGAGCACAAGGGAGAAACACUAGGGGUGCAGUGGCCAUGAGACUUAGAGAGGGGGAUAAGAUGGCUAGCGUGGACAUUAUACCAGCAGCUAUGUGGAAAGACUUGGAGAGGGUGUCUGAAGCUCCCCAAGACACUACUAGAAGUCUGAAGGGCCCGUGGUUAUUAUUUGUUUCUGAGAGUGGAUUUGGAAAGCGUGUUCCCUUGAGCAGGUUUCACUCCUCCCGCUUGAAUAGGGUUGGUCUGAUAGGGUACAAGUUUGCCUUAGAGGAUUGCUUGGCAGCAGUUUUUGUGGUCGGGUUCUCUGUGGCAGAAGAUGGAGAAAGCGAUGAACAAGUGGUUCUAGUAAGCCAAAGCGGCACAGUCAACAGAAUUAAGGUGCAGGAUAUUUCAAUACAGUCCCGCUAUGCGAGGGGAGUUAUUUUAAUGCGGCUUGAUCAUGCUGGAAAGAUUCAGUCUGCUUCGUUAAUGUCAGCAACGGACGGGGAGCCUGAGGACGUAGAAGUUGAAGCUGCCGUACAUGGCUAACUGCUAACCUUAACAGGUGAAUAGCUCUUAGCAAUUUGAGGAUCAACUUGUAGCGCCAACCCUUUUUUUUUUUGGUUUUGGCUGGUGUUGUGGCGCUAAUCAAUCGUUCUGUUCUGGCCGGUUUUUGUGGCGCUAAUCAAUCAUUGUGUUCUAGCCGGUUUUUGUGGCGCUAAACAAUCGUUUUGUUCUAGCCGGUUUUUGUGGCGCUAUACAAUCGUUUUGUGUUGGCCGGCGUUGUGGCGGUAAUAUGUAUGUACAGCAGUACAGGUAAGCUAAGCCACAAGUUUGGUGACCGGAUUCUGGUGAGAAGGGUGACCAAUUUAGUAGCGCUAAACCCUAAACAAAGUUUCUCCACAGUUGUGAUGUCCUUUAAAUUGCAAUAGUUAUGUUUAAUGGAUAUCGAUAUCGGUCGUCUGGUAA